AUCCAGUCACUCUGAAAUCAAACUAACCUUUUCGUCAUACAGUCUCCUCCCUCAACGACGGCAAAAUCCAGACGUUGUGAGUGAUUGCAAAUUCAACCAAUUGCUGAUAGAAUCCCAGUGCCAUGUGUGGCCUUUGGACGAAUAGGAUUUUACAGUAGGCAGAGCCACAGUGGGCCUGGCCUUCAUGCUUGGUUACAGCGGUUUCCAUGUUUCGUAAACAGAAAGUUCUUGUGUUUAAGAGGCAUCUGGACGGAUACCGUACCACAUAAAGCCGAUAACUAGUAGAGAAUUGAAGAGGAAACAACCGGUAUUUGGAAUAUAUCAGUGACAUUUUUCUAUGCUUCAUUUGGAUGGAAUGGCUUUUGAGGAAACCUAACCCUGGUUGUUAUCAAAGUUUUUGCAAGAGUGGUGGAGUUCACUUUUGAAUAGAUCAUUAUUUUUUUUUACUGGAGAAGAGUCGAAGCCUAAAAUGGAUCAAGCAAGCGGUGGAGAGGACCCAAACAAACCUAAUAAAAAGAAAUCCAACGAAGAAGAAAGUAAAAACAAAAAACUGAACAUACACAUAAAAACAUUGGCUGAUGAUAUGCGUGAUCGGAUCACCAGUUUCAGGAAGACGGGCAUGAAGAAGGAGAAGCCCCUCAUCCAGCACUCCACAGACCCCCUGUCCAUCCAGACAGAGAUGCCCUCGCCCCAGCCCCUCUUCGACGACCGCUCCAUGAACCUCUCAGAGAAGGAGAUCAACGACCUCUUUGAGAAGAUGAUGGAGGACAUGAACUUGAACGAAGAGCGAAAAGCGCCUUUGCGUGGGAAGGACCUGAGCACCAAACGAGAAAUGGUCGUCCAGUACAUAUCUGCCACUGCCAAAUCUAUAACUGGGAGCAAAGUUCCGGGUGGACUGAGGAACAGCAAGCAUGAGUGUACCCUGUCGUCACAAGAAUACGUCCACGAGCUGCGCUCGGGCAUCACGGAGGACAAGCUGCUCAACUGUCUGGAGUCCCUCAGGGUCUCCCUGACCAGCAACCCAGUCAGUUGGGUGAAUAACUUUGGACAUGAAGGACUUGGCCUCCUUUUGGACGCUUUGGAGAAGCUUCUUGAAAAGAAACAACAAGAGAAUAUUGAUAAAAGGAACCAGCACAAGUUGAUCCAAUGCCUCAAGGCCUUCAUGAACAAUAAGUAUGGUCUGCAAAGGAUUCUGGGAGACGAGCGGAGCCUGUUGCUGCUGGCCAGGGCCAUUGAUCCCAAACAGACCAGCAUGAUGACGGAGAUCGUCAAGAUUCUCUCAGCAGUGUGCAUCAUAGGCGAAGAGAACAUCUUGGAAAAGAUCCUGGCUGCCAUGACGAUUGCAGCAGAGAGGAAUAACAAGGAGAGAUUUGCUCCGAUAGUGGAGGGACUGGAGAACCACGAGGCACAGCAGCUCCAGGUGGCCUGUAUGCAGCUCAUCAACGCCUUGGUCACUUCCCCCGACGAUCUGGACUUCAGGAUACAUUUGCGCAACGAGUUCCUGCGCUGCGGCCUCAAGAAAAUUCUACCGGAGUUGAAAGAGACAGAGGAGUUGGACAUUCAGCUGAAGGUAUUCAAUGAGAACAAGGAGGAGGACUCCAUUGAGCUGUCCCACCGCCUAGAUGACAUCCGGGCCGAGAUGGAUGACAUGAAUGAGGUUUACCACCUCCUUUCCAACAUGGUGAAAGACACAGGCUCCGAGACCUACUUCCUGUCAAUCCUCCAACACCUGCUGCUCAUCAGGAACGACUACUAUGUCAGGCCGCAGUACUACAAGGUGAUAGAAGAAUGUGUGUCUCAGGUGGUACUCCAUCGCAGCGGCAUGGACCCAGACUUUGGAUACAGGGAGAGAUUGGACGUCGACUUCACCCACCUAAUAGAUCAGUGUGUGGAUAAAGCCAAGGUGGAUGAGAGUGAGCAGAAGGCUGCUGAAUUCUCCAAAAAGUUCGAUGAGGAGUUCAGCGCACGGCAGGAGGCCCAAGCCGAGGCUCAGAAGAAGGAGGAGAAAAUCAAAGAGUUGGAGGGUCAGAUUCGUACCCUGCAGUCACAGAUUGCAGCCGGACCGGCAGCAGCUGGGACUGGAGUGCCCCCAGCAACACCCAUAGCAGGGGGGGCGGCCCCUCCACCCCCUCCCCCGCCUCCCCCACCGCCGCCCCCACCUGGCGGAGGUCCCCCUCCUCCUCCUCCUCCUCCACCACCUCCCCCCGGCAUGGCCGGCAUGCCACCUCCUCCCCCUCCUCCUCCAGGUGGUGGACCCCCACCUCCACCAGGCUGUGGCCCACCACCGCCCCCCGGAGGGCCUCCAGGAUUUGCCAUUCCGCCCCCUGCCAUGCCUGUCAUCAAGCUGCCUUACGGACUGGAGCCCAAGAAGAUCUACAAGCCUGAGACGGUUAUGAAGAGGGUCAACUGGUCCAAGAUAGUGCCUCAGGAAAUGGCAGAGAAUUGCUUCUGGAUCAAAGCAAAGGAAGACAAGUUUGAGCAUCCUGACCUCCUAGCCCAACUCUCCCUCAGCUUCUCGUCCAAGACCAAAGUGAAAAAGGACGUGGUGGAGACGGAUGACAGGAUGACACAAUUCAAGAAAAAAGCCAAGGAGCUGCGCAUUCUGGACUCGAAGACGGCUCAGAAUCUGUCAAUUUUCCUGGGAUCGUUCCGCCUGCCUUAUGAAGAGAUCCGUGCCAUCGUGCUCGAGGUGGACGAGGAGAGACUGAGUGAAUCACUGAUCCAGAACCUGAUAAAGAAUCUUCCAGAGCAGAAAGAGCUGAGUGCGCUGGCAGAACUCAAGAGCGAGUAUGAGGAGCUGUGUGAGUCAGAACAGUUCGGCAUAGUGAUGAGCUCAGUGAAGCUGCUACGACCUCGUCUUAAUGGUAUCCUGUUCAAGCUAACCUUUGAGGAACAGGUGAACAACAUUCGGCCGGACAUCAUGAAUGUGACGUUUGCCUGUGAGGAGGUGAAGAAGAGUGACUGUUUUAGCAAACUUCUGGAAAUGGUGCUGCUGAUGGGCAACUACAUGAACGCUGGCUCCAGGAAUGCUCAGACCUUCGGCUUCAACAUCAGUUUCCUCUGCAAGCUUCGAGACACUAAAUCCACUGACCAAAACACAACCCUUCUUCACUUCUUGGCUGAGAAAUGUGAGGAGAAAUACCCUGAGAUCCUGAUGUUUCCAGAGGAGCUGGAACAUGUGGAGAGUGCUAGUAAAGUGUCCGCUGAGAUCCUGAAGAGCAGUUUGAGCACGAUGGAGCGCCAGAUCCAGAGGCUUGAAAACGACAUCCAGAACUUCCCCAAGACGGACGACCAGCAAGAUAAGUUUGUGGAAAAGAUGUCCAUAUCCUUUUUCCAGUGCUUAACACAGGUUUUCCUCCACUGAUAACUGGUCUUUAGUGUAUGCUUGGCCUAACCAGUCCACCAGGUGUUGAACACCACAGGUAGGCAUGUGUUUGUGUGCUUGUAGUUCAGUAGAUGGACUGUUUUGUGUUCUGUUUAUGUUCCCCCAGACAGGACUGAGUAGUUGCAGGGCCGGCAGUGUGACUUUAGGGGCUGAAGGAAUGGAUAUGUGAGAUGUUGAUGGGAUCUCCUCCUCCUCUCGCCUCACGUCCCCAUAGGGAGCUCAGCCCCAGAGCUAUUUUUACUGCUCUCCACCACAUCCCCCUCCUGUCCCCCUCCCCUCAUAUCUCCUCUCUCCCUCAUCCCCCCUGGGGUCCUCUAAUAGGGGCUCCCUCCACCCACGCUGAUUUAUCCCCCUGGCCCCCGCCCCCACCCUCUGGUUUCAUCUCCUGACCAUCCACAGGCCCUUCUUCACACAACCAUCUGCGGGCUAUCUCUUCCCUGCUCCUCUAUCGUUCCGAUAACAGAGUGCUUUCACUUAAACUAAAGCGGCUCUGCUCUCAAAUUUAAUUAGCGAUGCCUUAGCACAUCCCAGACUCCAUUUUGAGGAGGAAGGCGCCUCCUAAUAUGGGUUUUUUGAGAUAUCUGGUACCUGCGGACACAUACUCUCCCUCGCUUUGGUAGAAAUUGACUCACAGAUCGAUAGCUUGCGGCCAUGAUACCUUUUAUGGAUGCGUGUGUGGCGGUAAAACAAACCGAAUUGCGUGUUACUUACUGCUCCUAUCAAGGAAAAAUGGCAUAAUUCAAGUGCAAUUAAUCAAGUUGAAAUGUGUCCCAUAUGCUCAAACUUUAGACAGUAUUUAACCUUUGUUUUCGCUCUCUACCUAAUUUAGUGCGCCUAAAACUGGAGAUUUAUGAAGGCUUACUUUGCACUUUGGUUGGCAUAAGAGUAAUAGCUUCCUAGCGCAUUAACAAGCUGUUCCCAGUCAAAGAAGGCCACUUAAAUGGGUGUAAUUAAAAACCAUGUGGCAGAGACCUCCCCUGUAUAUGUGCAGCAGCGUAGCCAGGAGAGGAGCUCUCCGGCCGCCGAUGUCAAGAUGGAUCCCCUGACUCCUGGGGGGACCUGGAGAAGCUGGAGUGUGAGGAUAUGCAGGUGUACUGCAGCAUGUCUCUCUCCCUUAGUCUCCAGGCUGUCCCCAGAGAGAACCAGGCAGGUUGCCCUACAGCACUGGUGAUGCCCCGCUUCCUCAGUGCCUGUCUCACUUGAUCAGGCAUGGGAGCCACAGUGGAGGUGCUGUGGCAUAUGGCUGGGUCCAUUGUAGUUGUUGCCUUGCUUUUUUUUAAAAACAUAAUUUCGGGGGGAAAAUAACUGGCCAGAGGCAGUUGCUGCCUCCAUUUUGAGCUGGUCUCCUCAGUUUUGUACGGCUGGGCUGUGGAUGACGGACAGCUGAAAAUAGCACAGCUGUGGCUGCCUUGUUGCGCAGUAGCCAUUGUUACUUUGGGUAAGGCCAGUCACAAGCACUUUAACUUUUCCUGGUGUGGCGUGUAGGAUCGAUAGGGAUGUGGAGGUGAUUCAAAUAGAAAAUAGUACUGUGUGUUGUGUUGGUCCUCCAUCUUGCUCUCCCUCUCUCCCUCUCUCCCUCUCUCUCUC